GUGGCGGAGAUGCGGGGGGGCAUGGCAGUGCUGGCCCAACCUCUUCUUUUCUCUCAUCUCCCUCUUCCCUUUCUUCUUUUCCCCUGCAUGGCAUGGCAGGUAGCGGAGAUGCGGGGGGGCAUGGCAGUGCUGUCAGACGCCGCCACAGGCACCACCAUUCUGCUGGCGCUGCCCAUGGGGGAACAGAAGGCCGCCAGCAGCACGGGAGUGGGAGAUGGGAGUGGUGAGGAAGCUGGCAAGUCAGCACAGGCUGGUGAGGAGCGUGUGGAGCAAGAAAGCGAAUCACAGGGAGGCACGGAGGGGCCAGCCAGUGCUGCCGCGGCUCUCCCUCACUCUCUCCCUCACGCUGCUGCCGCUUUGCAACCAACUUCGCCGCCACAACAAGCAGCCGCGACGCAACCAGCCUCGCCGCUGGUGCGCGCACGAACAUUCCCAGAAGCGGAGUUGGAGAGGGUUGUGGGGGAGGCGGAGCGGGUGGUGCGGGGGGUGGUGGCGGGGAGGGGGGUGGCGGUGGUGGAUGACAACGCGGUGAACCGCAUGGUGGCGCGCAGAACGCUGCAGGGCUACGGGGCGCACGUGCUGCUGCUCCCCUCCGGGGAGGACGCGCUGCAAGCGCUCUCCUCUGCCACGCCCUCCCCGCCCAUCCACCUGCUGCUCCUCGACCUCCACAUGCCGCCCGGCAUCGACGGGUCUAUUUGA